ACAAGUUUCCCUUUUUGAUGUUCAAACUCCUUUGUUAUCUGCAAUCUCUUCUGAUCUAUCCGACAGACAAAAUCUAACAGUCACUUAGGUCUGAGUACUUCUGUGGAUUUUCUGCGUCAUGCUACAAAUCACCAUUGAUUGCACACAAGUUAGGAUUUCAAACUACAUUCUGAAGACGUGUGAAAUCAAACAAGUGGCUGCGGCAACAUCCUACCUAGUUCAAGAUUAAUGGAGUUGAAGAAGGGUUUUACUAAAGUGGAAGAUGAAGAAAGUGAGAUAAUAGUUGCACAGGAGAUGCAAAAGUUGUCAUCUGAUGCAGUUUACGAGAUAUUAGUCAGAGCAUCAUUCAGUACACUUCUACGUCAAUCUCGAUGGAUUUGCAAAGACUGGCAGAAACUCAUAAUCUGCGAUUCCAAGUUUCAACAAACCCAUUCUCAGAGAACAAUGGCAUCCGGUCAUUUUUUUGAAGUUAAAUCGUCAACCAGGCGGAACUCUAUCAGCUUUGUCCGAAGCAACAAUGAUCAUGAGGAGCACUACAAUUCUGCGUCAGAAGUGGAAUCUCCUUCUCUUGAUUUCCUGCCUGCGGCAAAAAGCACUACGAUUGUAGGUACAUCUCUUCAUGGUUCAUUACUUUGUUGUGUCACUCAAUCUAGCAGUACCCCGAUCCCGUCUUUCUACAUUUGUAAACCGGCGAGUCGUGAAUGGAGGAAGAUACCAAACCCUAAAACUACACUCAAGAACUCCAGAAUUGGGAUUGCAGUGAAGCAGUCCUCGUGCUCAAUACUACAUUACAAGGUGCUACGUUUAUCGCAAUCAAAAACUGGAUAUGGUUAUCACUGUCAGUUGUUCAACUCGGAGAACUGGGCUUGGAAGAAACUGCCGUUUGUUAAACUUGGGCGUCAUGGCUUAAAGCAGGGAGAUGGUAUUUGGGUUAAUGGGGGAUUACAUUGGUUAACCAGUGAUAAUGAAGUAGUCGUAUUUAACACUGAUCAAGAGAAAUGGACAGCUUUUGAGGUUUCACCCGAGAUGAAAAACAUUUCAGUAUCAUACAGAGUUGCUGUAAGUUGUGAUGGUAAGCUUGGAGUUAUCUAUCAGACAACUAAGUGGAUGGAAAUUUGGAUAUUAGAAGACUAUUCCACCACGAAUCCGUCCUGGAAAAGGAAGUAUAGUAAUGAUAUGAGAUCACUGCACCAAAAUGUGGAACAUGUUUGUUGUGCACAUCAUAUGUGGACGGACAACACGGUCAUGAUGAUGAGCAUGUAUGAGCUCGUAGCAUUUAAUUGCGACAGUAAUACCUACACUAGAACAAAGUUACCUAAGACGGCAGAUUUACCUUUCGCGUUUCAACCCCAAUUUUGUUACCUUUAGUUCAGGUCUUGUAGGUGAUUUUCUUGCUCUUUGUUUUGUCACCAUAAGUUUUUAUUUUCAUAAAGUUUAUAUUCUUAUUCAGUGGAUGACAGACUCAGGGGAAUCAUUACAAUGUUGUUUUAAAUUUCAGAUAAGUUAUGAAACCCUGGAAUUGGUCAUUGUUUAGUGAAAUAUACAAGUUAUGAAACCCUGGAAUUGGUCAUUGUUCAGUGAAAUAUACAGUUGCCACACAA